GACAAAAGUCCUUCCUCAACCUCAAUCGUGUGAUGAGAAAAAGCGCCCGGUAUUAGCUGCACCACCCGCAUUUGAGCAUUUCAGCUUGAUAGAGCACCGGUUGCUCGAUUACCUAGGUUUUUCAUACAGUCUAGUUUGUCAAAAUGACCCGGGGUGAUCGAGCGUCAUUGAAAUCAACAAAUGGUACCGAAGUCGGACUUGAAAAGAUUACACGAAGACAUUUUCGCCAGUGGGGAAUCGUCGAAUAUCGAGUCUACCGUGCAGAGCCUGAGUGUCCUUUUGAGGAGGUGGAUCUUGCAGAGGAUGAAGACUCGCCACUGUGCCAAGGAAGUCAGACUCUUAUUGUCUGCGAAUCUCCAACCGGGCAAAGUAGUGACUCCCGCAGCACUCAAGAUCUUGACCAGCCACAUGAGCCUCUGAACACAUUUGCGGACGUCCGGUGGUAUCUCCGAAAAAACGAAGAAUGCGAGCCUCUUCAAUUCGAAGGGCAUAGACAUAAUCCAUGGCGACACGAUGACAUCAUUUUUCACUUGCCUUACUUCCAGUUCAAUGAGAGCAAACGCGUACACUAUAGGGACGCUCAGUCAACGGACGAGUUCGAAGUCGAGAAGGAAUGGUACUUUGAGUACGAACGAACCGCAGCAGAACCUUCAACGUCUUCCCAAAGGCUCAGUAUCUUCAUGAAUAUAGUUCGAGGGUUGGUCUCAUCGAAGCAUCCAAAAAAGGGAGGAGUCGAUGAGGAGCGGGGUGCUCCUGAGCAGCGAACAUUGUCUAACCCGACGAGUCUGUACUUUGACUCAAGGGCCUUCACCAUAUGUAUGUUACCAUUUCUUGACGGCAAGCAGGCAGACAAGACUGAAGGCCCGGAGCAAAAGGGGCGCACGAACUGCAGAAGCUGGGUCGCCCUCGUCGUAGCACCCGGGGAUAUCAUCUGGGACAGACAGGAUGGGGAGAAGAAGCUCCUUGAUGAGAAGCUUCUGGAUGGCAACCUGGCGAGCCGAGCACCUGCCAAUCGGAAAAGUCACAACCGGCGUCGGUUUGGCAUGGAAAGAUUCAAAUCGCCGAGGGAUGCAGACUACUUCCAGACAUGUCUGAUUGAGGUCGGAAUGAAAAAGAUCGCGGAGAUCUGGAACAACAACGCGGACAAAGCUACCAAAGCUUGCCACUCCUUGGAAAGGAACAUCCACGGAAACAUCCACGGCUCUCCCAAUAGCCGGUCGGACUACUGGCGCAGGGGCGUGAAUGACGACUUGCUGAGUAUUUACAAAUUACAGAAGCGGCUGGAGUCGCUUGAAGCAAACCUGUUCAACAACCUCACGAGCCACGAGCAAGGAGUCUGGAGCAAUUUCCGGAAGGCAAGACCAGGGCAAAGACUGGAACAACUAGAGAAGGAGGAGGAGGAUGGUAAGGAGGAGAGGAAGAAGAAGAAGCGGAAGGUGAAGGCCCAGAAGUCGUCCGAGGCAGAGAAUGAAAACGACUACAAGAACGGUCCGGAUGAAAAGGACGCACUCGAGCGCGAGAGGCUGCGAUUCUUACUGCACGGGUGUCUGGACCGACAUUGGGAUCGACUAUGCGGCCAAAGCAAGAAACUGCGGCAAAAGAUUGAUGAUUUAAAAGCUCUUCGUGAAUUGCUGGUCGAACUUUCACAGACAAGAGCAUCGCUGUAUGCCAACGACCUGGGAGACAACGUCAUGUACUUGACGUACAUCAGCAUUCUUUUCCUUCCCCUCAGCUUCUGUACCUCGCUGUGGGCAAUGAACCACGAGCUUCCUUACUAUGCUUUUGUGCCCACCAUCUGCGUCACUUCGGGGGCGACGGCCGUUCUACUCGCAGUUAUCCGUUUUCGGAUGAGUUAUCAGUGACAGGGAAGGUUGUGUACUUGAGCUGAAGUCUGCUCCCCCCCCCCCUCUUUCCGCGCGCGUGUGUGUUUGUGUGUGGUGUGGGAAUUUGGGUGUGUGUUUCGUGUUGCCACAAGCCAGGGCCUAAUUUUCAAUCUCUCUACCUGCCUGGAUUUGGGGAGUGCAUGCUUGGGUUGACGGUUUGAUGGAUUCAGUGACCCGAGUGAACAAGUACCUGCAAUGCAGGUGUCUAGGUUGGUAGACAUUUUGCUAGGUACUCAGUGAGUCAGGCGCAUGACCACCAAUCACAGGUGGCAUGCAGGCAAGUGAUUCUUUCGGUGCGGAGGGCGGAAGCUAAUACACCAAGGUCAGUCUGAAGGCUAACACCAUUUAUUAUCAUUUCUGAUUCUCAUGUACUGGGAGAUGGUGGGUUGCACAUGAGGUUGUAGGUACGGUACACAGUACCACCCAG